CUUUGUUCCCUGGGGAUAAGAAUAAGAAAAGAAAGAAAAUGAAACCUUCUGCUUUCCCUCAGGACCCAGGAAUGAAUUCCUACCUGUUCCUUUUCAUCCUUUUCUUUGUUAUUUCACCUGUUAAUAAUGCGGGCCCUGUCCAGUUGACAGUGAAUGGACCACUCCACCCAGUCACUGCCUCUUUGAGUGAGGAUAUUGUGCUACGCUGUCAUCUGUCCCCCAGAACAAGUGCUGAAAACAUGGAGAUAACAUGGUUUCGCUCCCAGAACUCUUCCUAUGUGCAUCUUUAUCACAGUGGCAAAGAUCAUUUGGAAAAGCAGCAGCCAGAAUACCAAGGAAGAACAGAAAUUUUGACAGAUGGCAUUGGCGACGGAAAAAUUGGCCUGAGAAUUCUUAAUGUCAGCUUUUUUGACGAAGGACAGUACCACUGCUCUGUUAAGAACAGGAGCUUCCACCAGGAAGCCAUACUGGAUAUAAAAGUGGCUGCAUCAGGUUCCAGUCCUCUGAUUUCAAUUGAAAGCUAUCAGGAGAAGGGGAUAUACUUGGUUUGUCGAUCCUGGGGUUGGUACCCAAAGCCUGAGGUCUGGUGGAGAGAUCCCAGUGGGAGGCAUCUACCAUCACUGUCUAAGGAAAUAUCCCAGAAGAACAAUGGGCUGUUUGAAGUACAGAAGGGUAUUCUCUUAACAGGGAGUUCAAAUCAGCCCUUGACCUGUGUGGUCAGGAACAUCCUCCUCAACCAGGAAAAGGGAUCAACUAUUCACAUGGCAGAUAACCUCUUCACAAUGAUUUCCUCUUGGACAGCUGGUCUGUGUGUAUCGCUCCUAAUAUCUUUUGGCCUCGUUAUUGCUAUUCUUUAUUUGAUUAACAGAAACAGAAAGCUCAUCACAGAACUGAGUUGGAGGAAAAUGGUGGUGCCAAUAGAGAAAGCCAACGUAACACUGGAUCCAGACACAGCAAACCAUGACUUGAUUCUGUCUGCAGACCAGAAGAACGUCAUACAAGGCUUCAUGUGGAACAGUCUCCCUGACAAUCCUCAAAGAUUUGACACGGAGCGCUGCGUGUUGGGAAAGGAGGGGUUUUGCUCGGGGAGGCAUUACUGGGAAGUGGAAGUGGGCGAAGAUGGGUACUGGGCCGUGGGUGUGGCUCGGUACUCUGUAAAGAGGAAAGGGAGGCUCAGCCUUGAUCCUGAUGAAGGAAUCUGGGCUGUGGAAAAGUACUGGGUCCAAACUGUCCAGUACCAAGCUCUUACCAUCCCACAGACUCCUCUGCCUCUACGAAAGAGACCCCGGAAACUUGGGAUUUAUUUGGACUAUGAGUUGGAACAGGUGGCUUUUCAUGAUGUCAACCACAAGAUGCACAUCUUCACAUUCUCCUCAGCAGAUUUCAAUGAGGAGAAGAUUUUCCCUUUCCUGCAUGUGGGGGUAGGAUGCUGGCUUAGACUGCGCCCUUGAUAUCUUCCUUGUGAUGGGGUCACCCACUACCCAUUUAACACAGCAGGCCCUAACAUUAGGCAGGGUGAGGCAACUGCUCUACUGGUUUGGGAUGUUAUAGAUAGAUCAAAAAUGGAAACUUCAAAUAAUUUGUGAUUUUAUUUUUACUUCCAGAGCUGCCAAGAUGGCCAACAUUAGAUGCUACAUUAGUGUAUGUGUUUUGGGUAGUGCUUGCUACUUUGCCCCAAGCAGCUGAGUGUUGGGCUUGCCUUGAAGUACAUUCAGUGAAAAACUGGGUAUUGGAGAGGGGUUUAUUUUAACAGUAGAUGGAGCAAAUAGAUGGAGCCAAUCCUACAUCUUACCUCCCUGUAGCUGGCAAACUGCUUUGGGCAGCUUUGUUCUUUCAUAGGGCCUUAUCACACAGGGAAAAUCAGGGGGAAAUUAGGGGGUUAAACAGCGAUUAUCUCAUGCAAAACAUGAUAUUGCAAUUAAGAUUUUCACACACAUCACAAUGAAACUGACAAUAAACAUUCAACAAUCAGGCAAUAAACAGCAGCAAAUCAUUUUUGGGAUUUCCCUGUGAAUGAUUUAUUGCUAUUUAUUGUCCGUUUAUUUUCUGUUUAAUAGCAAUGUCGUGUGAAAAUCUUAACUUCGAUAUCGCAUUUUGCAUGGGAUAAUCACUGUUUAAACCCCCAAUUUUGCCCCGGUGAUAAGGUUCAUAGUCCCAAUCCUGGAAUGUAUCAGUACUAAACAAUUAUAGCAGUUUAAUAGUCAUGGUUCUAUCCUAUGGACUCCUGGGAAUGUGAAGAUGUACUUAGAACACUCUAAUGCCUUCCCUGAUUGACAGCACUAAAAGUAUCUAAAUAACAAGACUAUGACAAUGAAAGUGGCAUAUAACUGGGUGGUAUAGAUACAUUUUUGGUUGGUUGUGAUGAACCAGGGGAAAAUUUGUAGAGCAGAAGCACAGAGGUCAAGCAAUAAUAUAUCAUAAUAAUACUAGGAAGAGAAAAGGGAGCAUGAUGAUUCAGUACAGCCAGUAUUAUUUGAAUGUUGGACUUUGGGAGGUCAUGGAAACUCAUUUGGUAACCUUUGGCAAGUUGCACUCUCCCAGCCUCAGAGGAAGGCAGCAAAAAAAAAAAAAAAAAAAUGCUAUGAUGAGCUUGCUGAAAGUUGGUGAUGACUUGAAGGCACAUAACAACAAUGAAGAUUCAGGCCUUGUUCCUGUUCUUAUUACUGUUGAAGUCACUAUCUUACACAUACCUUACAUAAAGAGAGAGCUUUAUUUGGGGUGGAUGAUGAGAAGGAAACACAUGCCUAUCACUGUGGGAAUCACUGUGUUUAUAAGCACUAAAACUUUUUUGUGCAUUUAAGGCAAGGCAAUGCACAUCCUACUUGUGUGCUUCUCCACUGGUAUCUUUUGUGAACCAUUGUAGUUCGGGCCAAAGUAGUAGACUCUGCAAUCCAGGGUUCUAUUCCCAGUUCAGCCAUGAAGCCCACUGGGUGAUCUUGGGCAAAUCACACUUUCUCAGACUUAGGGAAAGGCAAUGGCAAACCUCCUCUGGACAAAUCUUGCCAAUAAAACCCCAGGAUAGGUUCACCUUAGGGUUGCUAUAAGUCAGAAACAACUUGAAGGUACCCAACAAAAGCGAAGUAUAGUGUUAGCACACUGGAAAUGUGAAGUCAUUCUCAAAGGAAGGGGUAUGUUUUCUCAUGGAAGCUUCACAUGCCAUGAAAUACUGUAAUAGAUAAAGGGGUCUGAUUUUGGGCCACAUGGCACUUGGGUAUUCUUAUAUUACAGCAGCACAGCUCUCUGUGUUUCUAAGCUUGUUCACAUGGUAGAUACUGGGAAGGGAAUUAGAGAAUAAACGCAGGGAUUGAAUGAGGAAGCAGUGAUGCAAGUGUAAAACCAAGAGCUUUCUCCCCCCCCCCCCCUUUUGCAAUAUCCUUUUCUGGUUUUCUGCUGAUAUUGCAAAACUGUGAUCCCAUGUCACACAUGUGACAGUUGGGAAACUGAGGGUUUCAACCUCACAGUCAUAGCAUUAUAUACCAUUUUAACCACCAUGGCAAUAUCCUGUGGGUUCCUGGGAUCUGCAUUUUAGGAAUUUGGAAUUUUCCACUGGAGAGCUCUAGUGCUUCAGUAAACUACAAAUCUCGGAAUUCCAUAGCCAUGGCAGUUGUGGAAUAUGAGGGUUUAGACUAGGGGUGAAGGACAUAUGGCCUUCCAUCUUACGUUAGACUGCACUUGCCACUAUUGGCUAUGCAGGUAAGGCUAAUGGGAGCUGCAGUCUAAUGCCAUCUGGAAGGCUAUGGUUCCCAUCUCAGCCUCAAACAAAAUGUGAUGCUCUCUCAUUCUCUUAGCCCUUCACUUGUGAUAGUGGGUAUAAUACUGGCUUGUGUUUUGAGACUGGGAGAAAAAUCUACAUUUUAGUCCCAACUGUUGAAGACCAUGAUAUUGUCAUUAAUGACUGAACAACUAACUAGUGCAGAUUUUUUGUUAACUCAUAAUCUCUGUAACAUCUUAGUAAUAAACAACCAACCUUGAGUUUAUGAACUUUGUGAUGAUUUGCCACUUGCUUUUAAAUUUGUCCUCUGUUUCAAUUUGUCUGUAGUUCUAUUUAUGGAUCCUCAGUUCUACCCACUCAACAGCCGGGAGCUUUAGUAUGUCCCACAAUUACAAGUUUCCCCUCCAUGGCUGGAAAAAUGAACAUUGUUCCUUACCUGUGAGAUGGGGAGAUUCCACCCCACUUGGAGCCGAGUUGCAUUCUUGGAACUGGUGACAGGAGGCAAAGAGGUUCCUUGUAGGAUUUUCUUUCUCUUUCCUUUGCUUAUUUCUUCUUCUGUGCAAUUGUUGCUAUCUUCUUUUUGACUGUUACACGGACUGAACUGUUUGUGGGCUUCUGCUCAUACUGGCUGCUACUAUGAACGUUGUCCUACCUAUCAGAGCAUAUGAGGAGGAACAAUACAAUAGAGCCAGCAUGGCAUAGUAGUUUGAGCAUAGAGCUACAACUCUGGAGACCAGGCCAUAAAAACCACUGGGUGACCUUAGCCAAGUCACACUCUCUCAGUCUCUGGGAAAGGCAAGAAAACCCCAUGAUAGGUUUGCCUUAGGGUCCCCAUAAGUUGGCUUGAAGGGACACAACUACCACACUAUGGGAGGUUUCCCCAUCCACUGCUGUUUCAGCAGCAACUGAGAAUGGACUGCAUACAUAAUUACUUAUCACACUGCUCUCCAGCAUCUCAGAAAUGACAGUUGGGUGGAAAUGGCUUCAAAAACAGGGUUUUGGAGGGAACCACUGAUAGACGUAGCUAUGUCUUCCAGCGUGGGAUCUCAGCAUAAUUGCCCAGUUUAAAUGGUAUUUGAAGAAGCAAUGAAGGUGUUGUCAAAAGUAUAAGGCCUUGAAGAUUUUUACAUACCAUUUGUAUGGCUCUAAAAACUGCAUCAUUUUCUGUGCUGAAAAGAGUGUUGUCAGAUCACACACCAACUUGUCCUUUCAGUUGUGCUAAUUCACCAAAGCUCUGUUUGGAAAAAAAUGUUCCGGUCCAAUUUCUUUUCUUCCCUAAUUCUUCCCUUCAAGUUGCCUGUUGACUUAUGGUGACCCCAUGAAUUUCAUAGUAUAUUCUUAUAUAAAGAAUACUCAAACAGUCAGUUUUGACAAUUACUUCUGAAGUACAGCCUACAGCACCUGGUAUUCAUUGGAAGUCUCCCAUCCAAGUACUAACCAAGUCUGACCUUGCUUAGUGUCCAAGAUCAGAUGGGAUCUGGUGCCUUUAGGGUAUUUAGGAGUUAAAGGCACAAUAAAGAACACAGUCAUGAAUCCAUUUUUAUUUCAUUUAAUCUCCUUUGACUUUUAGUUAAUACAGAACUUGUUACAUUUGUUCGAUUGCUUUGCCAGUUUUUGCUUGCACUUGAUUGGUUUAUUUCUAGCUAUGGUUCCUUUUUCUAUGAUUUAUUGGAUGCAUAUUUCACUUUUCCCCAGAGAAACCUCAUUACUUUCACAAUACAAGAGUUUUCUUGCAGUAAAACCUACUCAACACUACUCUGCUAUAUUUGAUUAAAAAAUCAGUGCAGGGAGCUCAAUGCACCUUGCUCUUAUGUUGAAGGGAAAAACAGAGAUAUCAUAAUGGAGUGGAAGUGCCAGCCUGCGAAGGUAUCUUAAGACAGAAUGAAUAGGUGUGUCCUGUUCAGAACUUCCAGCUGGGCAUAGCUGGGUAUCCAGCACAACAAACGCAAUCCACAUUUUACAUUUAACAUAGGCGUAGAGAAGACGAUGGCUUAAAAAUCCGGAAAAAAGGGAAGACUUCGUCCCCUUGAAAAUCAAUUGACUGGAAAAUAAAGAGACGGGUCAUAUCUUCAUCAUAAAAAUCCACUGUUCCAUCAUCAUAGUUCAGAUACACCCGGAUCUCUACUGGAUAAUAGUUUAGAUCCAGAAGGGUAGGUGGUGAUGUAAGACCUUUGUACUGAUCAUUAUAACGUGCCAGAGCCCAGAUUCCCGAAUCUGGUUCAAUAUCAAGUUUCUCCUCCCUGUCCACAGAUCCUUGGGCUACACCUACUGCCCAGUAUCCUUCACUCUCUACAUCCACUAUCCAAUAAUGUUUUCCUGAGGUGAAGCCCUUCCUUCCAAGCACACAGCGAGUACCCUCAAAUCUUUUGGAACUGUAGGGCAGAUCCUGACGGCUUUUUGCCCAAUGUACACUUUUCAGAUCUUGAGACACGAUGUACCGAUGAUGGGCUGUUUCUGGAUCCAGCAUCACGUUUUCUGAAAGUGAAUCAACAUGGUGAUGAAUAAAACUUGCAGUAGCCCCUGUACUCAACACACCAAUUUUUUUGUGUUGACUGUUUUGGUUUUAUCUGUGCCCGUAAGAGCCAGCUUCCAUUGCCUGUGCCAUGUACCAAGAUGUAGGAUGAUAAGGACCACAUGCCUGAUGAACCCAACAGUGUAUCAUUCUGCAUAGACUCAGAGUCUAUCUGCAUGCUAAUCUGGAUUCUUCCUUGAGAAUCAACUGUGUAAUGCUGAUGAGAAAAGAGCUACUCCAAUAAGUAACCCAGGGGAACAACAUGCAAUAUGUCAUAUCAUCAAGAACAUUUUAGGGCAUGUCUAUGCAGUUAUGUAACUAUUUGCAUCCUUUCACAUGUGCACAGACCUAUGAUGUGGGAUAGUGUAGGAGUGGGAAUCAGGCAGUUUACUGACUCCAUGAGAUUCCAAAACUCUUUUGCAUCUCUUCCCAAAAUCUAUCCAGCCCCAACAUCUAUAAUUUAUAUCUAAAGAUAUAGUGCUGAAAAACUCCUAAGCUUAUCGCACUAUACUCUCAAAGCAUUGCUAUUCCACUUUUACUGCUCUGGCUGCCUCCUGCUGCAUUUUGAGUUUGUAGUUCAGUGAGGCCUAAGAGCUCGCUAGCUGAGAAUUCUAAAUGCCCCUCCUUAAUCUGCAAAUCCCAAAAUGAAACAGAAGGCAGCCAGAGCAGUUAAAGUGGAAUAGCAACAUUUUAAGAGUGUAGAGCGAUAAUCUCCUAAUUAGAAUCAUGCCUCUAAGUGUCAUGAUUCUCCUCCAAAAGCACAGAUACCUUACAUUUUCUUUUAAGUAAAUGCCUCUUUAAAAUGAAAAAAUAAAUCCUGGUCAUUUAGUUUGCAUUAGGAAGAGCUGGUAUGGAUCCUGAAGGAUCUGGGCCCAUGGAAAAAGGAUCCAUGAUCCUUGAAAGUUUUCACUCCUGUAAUACAUGAUUUUCCAUCAAAUGACCUUCAAAACUUCAUUAUUAUACCAUAAAGAGAUGCCCCAAAGAGAAUUAUUCCAGGGAUUGAUCCUAUGAAUUUGGCCCCAAAAUGUAAGCCUUUGACUUAAAUUCUGAACAGAGAAGAUGCAUGAGGUCCUUAGUGUGGCUGUUGUCAAUAGAGGGUCUUGGAGGUCUCUUAUUUUUAGAGUUGCCAUAGAUUAAAGCUGACUUGACAAGUAAUUAACAGCAACAACAACAUAAGAUCCAUUGUUGGCUCUCCCAACAUUUCAGUUUUUAUUUAAAAACAGGUGAGGAUUGGGAUGCUGACAGUGGGCAGUUUGAGAAGAGUUGUACCAUUUCUUCCAGUUCAAAUUUCUCUGGAACCUUCUUAGCAACUUGAGGGGGGGAUUCUGAUUAGGAAAAUUAUGCAAGGACUAAACUCUCACUGCACUCCAGUCCAGCUUUGGUCCCUUGGUAUGUUUUAACCAAAAUUAGGAACAUCAGGAGAGCAAAUCAUGGACUCCCACCUCCCUCCCCACAUCUCAUUUGGUCUAGCUCUAAGCUCUCUCUAAGAUAGAAGCUUACCUUUUAUCCAUGUUGGCUUUGAUGGUUUCUCUAUAAAAAGUAAAAAGGAGAAGACAAAGUAAAAAAAUCUGAUUAUAGA